AUGCGUCUUCGUAUUAAAUUAUCCCCAACUUUAUCUUCUCACACAGAAGCUGUAAAUGGUGUUGAUUGGUUAAAUACAGAUGAGGGCAUAACUAUAUCAGAUGAUCAUUUAAUUAAACUUUGGAUUAUGGACAAAAUGGAAUCAAUGGAUUUGUCUAUAGUUAAUGUUAAAGAAAAGAUUUUUCCAACUUCUCUUCAAUUAUCUAAUCAUUCUUUACGUGAAACGACCUCUAAACAAACAAACAAUCCUUUAAAAUCAUCAAACACAAAAAUAUCAACUUCAAAAAAUUUUUCUGAAAUAUUUUUGGUUACAACCUCUGAUGGAAAAAUUUAUUUAUUAAAUUUAAAUGGAAAAUUAGAAAAAAUAGUUGAUGCCCAUCAUGGAGCUACAAUUAAGGCCCGUUGGAAUAAUUCAGAACCUGGGGGUGCUGGGGGGUUUGCAAGUUGUGGAGAGGAUGGUUGUGUAAAAAUUUGGUCUAAAAAUGGAAUGCUUCGUUCUGUUCUUGCACAAAUAGGAAAACCGAUAUAUUCCCUUGAUUGGAAUGGAGAUUGUAGCAAAUUAGUAUAUUGUGCUGGAGAUGAAUGUUUUAUUAAGCAAUUGAAUGUACAGAGUUCACCCAUCAAAUGGAGAGCACAUACCGGACUUGUUACUUGUUUAGGUUGGAGUGCAGUUAAUGAUCAGAUUCUGACCGGCGGAGAGGAUUGUCGAUAUAGGCUAUGGAAUGGACAAGGCCGUCCUUUAUGGUCAUCUGCUGCUUAUGCUUUCCCAAUAUCCUCUGUAGCUUGGAGUCAUAAUGGUACAAUGUUUGCUGUUGGAUCUUUUAAUUUAUUGAGACUUUGUGAUAAAUCUGGGUGGUCACAUUCAAUGGAAAGGCCGAAUUGUGGAUCAAUUAAUUGUUUAAGUUGGUCACCUGAUUGUUUACAAUUAAUUGGUGGUUCUGCUAAUGGACAAUUAUUACAUGCACAUAUUGUUGAAAAACGUUUAAUAUGGGAACAACUUGAAGCUAUACAAAUAAAUAGAAGAACAAUAAACAUUCGUGAUUUAAGUUCUGAAGUUGUUCGAGAACGUUUAGAAACAAAAGACAGAAUUAUAAAAAUGGAGAUUGGAUUUAAUUAUUUAAUUGUUGCUACAUCUAAACAAUUAUAUAUUUUUAGGUAUUUUUAUAAAAAUUAUACAAAGGUAUUUUGUAAUUUUAGUGCUAAAAAUUGGAAUACUCCAAUUGUUAAUGAUCUUCGUGAAGGUUCUGGAUUAGUUUCCUUGAUUCGUUUAUGUGAAAAAUGUUUUUUACUUGUUGAUUCUUCAUCUGUACAAGUUCUAAAUUAUGAAGGCAAAUCAAUUUGUAAUAUAAAAAUUUCUUCUUUUGGAGAACCAUUUAAUGAACAAACAGCAGCAAUAGCUAAUGAUUUAGUUGUUUUGAGAGAUAAAACCCAACAUUCAUUAAUUCAUUUAUUUGACCCUCAAAAUGGAAGAGUUGCUGGUGAUGGGGAAAUAAAACAUUUAUCAAAUAUUGUUGAAUUAUGUGUUAAUCAAUGUGGAGGUAUUGUUGAUAGAAGAAUAAUAUUUUUAGAUAUAAAUGGAGAUUGUUUUAUUGCUUUAGUAAAUCGCUAUGGAGCACCUGAAAGGAUUCAGAAAAUUGGUGGUUUUAUUGGAAAUAUAAUAACAAUUAGGAGGGCAGAUGGAAGUUUAUUUAUUUAUUAUAUUCCUCCACUUAUUACAGCUUUAAUUAAUUCCACUCAACACCACCAAUGGGAAAAAGCUAUGAGGAUUUGUAAUUCUGCUAAAGAGGAAUUUCUUUGGGCAACACUAGCAGGAUUAGCACUUGCAGAAAAGUCAUUUACAAUUGCUGAAAUAUGUUAUGGACAAUUAAAAGAAGUUUGUAUAGCAGAAAAAUUACUUUCUUUGGCUGAACUACGUUCCCAACCGAAUCCUCAAUUGAGGUCUUUUCAAAUAGCUUUAUUUGGUGGUCGAUUACGGGAAGCUGAGUCGGCAUUACUUAAAUCUGGGCAUUUCUUUCGCGCAAUUAUGUUAAAUUUAAGUGUUUUUAGAUUUGAAAGGGCUUUGGAAUUGGCUUUAAAUUCUUCAGAAAGACAAACCAAUGGAAAUAAAGAACAUCUCGAUACUGUUAUUGGAUAUCGUCAGCGUUACUUGGACCUUUUGGGCCAUUCAGAAACUAAUUCAAAAUUUUUAAAAUAUUUAUCUCAAGUAGAGGUAGAUUGGCCACAUAUUUUUGAAAAAAUCCGGGAGGAUAAUGCUAAGGAUCAAAGACAAUGGGCAGCAACAACAACUGGAGGGACUUUGGGGAUUCCAAAUUAA